GUCACCCAAUUUAUUGUAACCUGAAUAUCAUUGGAUUUUGAACAUGGAAGGAAAAAGCACCGUUCACAGUGGGGAGAAACUGUACACGUGUUCUGUGUGUGGAUGAGGCUUCAGCCGAUCAUCUGACCCAAUGCAACAUAAAUGCAGUCACACUGUAGAGAAACCAUGGAAAUGUGGGGACUGUGGGAAGGGAUUCAAAUACCCACCUGACCUGGAAAAGCAUCAGCGCAGUCACACUGGGGAGAGACCAUUCACCUGCUCCACAUGUGGUAAUGGAUUCACUCAGUCAUCCAACCUGCGGAAACACCAGCGAGUUCACACUGACGAGAGACCUUUUAAAUGCCCAGACUGUGGGAAGUGUUAUAAAAGUUCCGGGGAACUCAUGUUCCAUCAACGUGUUCACACUGAUGAGAGGAUGUUCAGGUGCUCUCACUGUGAGUCUGGGUUCAAGACAUCAUCUGAUCUCACUGUGCACCAGCGAGUUCACACUGGGGAGAGGCCGUUCACCUGCUGCCAGUGUGGGAAGCGAUUCACUCAGUCAUCCCAUCUGCUGACACACCAGCAAGUUCACACCGAGGAGAGACUUUUCAAAUGCCCAGGUUGUGGGAAGUGCUAUCAAAGUUCCAGGGAACUAAUGUGCUAUCAACGUGUUCACACUGACGAGAGACCGUUCAGGUGCUCUCACUGCGAGACUGGGUUCAGGACAUCAUCUCAGCUCACUGUACACCAGCGAAUUCACACUGGGGAAAGACCAUUCACCUGCUCUGAGUGUGGGAUGGGAUUCAUUCAGUCAUCCCACCUGCAGACACACCAGCGAGUUCACACUGGGGAGAGACCUUUUAAAUGCCCGGACUGUGGGAAGUGCUAUAAAAGUUCUUGGAAUCUGAUGUCCCAUCAAUGUGUUCACACUGACGAGAAACCGUUUGCCUGCUCCAUGUGUGGAAAGGGAUUCACUCAAUCAUGUCAACUGCUGACUCACCAGCGAGUUCACACUGAUGAGAGACCUUUUAAAUGCCCAGACUGUGGGAAAUGCUAUUAAAGUUCCAGGAACCUGAUUGCUCAUCAACGUGUUCACACUGACGAGAGACCAUUCAGGUGCUCUCCCUGUGAGACUGGGUUCAAGACAUCAUUUGAACUCACCGUUCACCAACAGAUUCACACUGGGGAGAGGCCAUUCACCUGCUCUAAUUGUGGGAAACGAUUCACUACCUCAUCCCACCUGCUGAGACACCAGCGAGUUCACAAGUAACUCUUUCGAGUACAAACCCGUUUC